CCGACGAAACAACAACUGAAAGCUCCACCUUCGUACUCUCCACUCAUAUCGCAUACGAAGUAGCUUUGCAGCAGCUAUCCAACGAUCAGUGGGUGACUUGUGCUGCCGCGUGCCGUGCGUUGUAUUGCCAGUUCAAUUUUGCUCGCAACGUUAGGCGGUUGUGUUUUGAGACGCGAACUUGUUUUCGAUUUUGAAUUAAAUUUGUGUUAUAUUUCAUAACUUGAACGACAAAGUUUUGUAUCCAAAUGUAAUACUUACGUGAUCAUAUACCAUAGAAAAAUUGCCUUAAAUAAUUGAACUUCAAGUUAGUGCAGCUUCGUGCCACAUUUCGAUCGAUCAAUUUAAACCGGUGCAGUACACACAAAUAUUCGACAAAUCGAGUCUAUUUACGUGCAAAGUGAAUUCAAGCCAAGUACCCCAAUAAAUUCAGUUGCAUGGAAGUAAAAACUGCCACUUCAAAUCCAGUUGCCAGCAAUUGCUAUUGUAUUCGUCAAAUUGCUUCACCGAAAACAUAUUAAACAAACGAGAAGCUAUUAUACAGUUAUUGCAGCGCAAAGAUUCGGUUGCAGAACUGUGAACAGCGUAAAUUUUUUGAAUGAUGUUGUAUUGUAAUACAGCGAAGUGUCCGACGGACAGGAGAAGUCGAACGACCACAGAUAACGUUAGAUCACCAGCAAUUGAAGGACUUGCCUACAAAAUGCGAGCCUACCAACAGUGUUCAGUAUUCAUAGUUUUAGUCACAUUACUCGCCCUAUUCGGUACUGUUUCUCCCAACCCGGUGCAGACAACCACACAAGCCGAGAUUUAUCUAUCACAAUUCGGAUAUCUACCAGCAUCAGCUCGUAAUCCUGCUAACGGCGGUUUACUGGAUGCAAGCACAUGGAAUAAAGCUGUGCAGGAUUUCCAGAGUUUCGCUGGCUUAAAUGUAACCGGAGACUUGGAUGAAGAAACUUUGGGACUAAUGUCACUGCCACGAUGUGGUGUUAGGGAUAAAGUGGGGUUCGGCACCGAUAGUCGUUCCAAGCGAUAUGCCCUACAGGGAAGCAGGUGGCGCGUUAAGGCUUUGACAUAUAAAAUAUCUAAAUAUCCUAAACGACUCAAACGUAACGAUGUUGACGCCGAAAUAUCACGUGCUUUCAGUGUAUGGAGCGAUUUCACAGAUUUGUCAUUUACUCCCAAGGCUUCUGGACCCGUUCAUAUAGAAAUUAAAUUCGUAGAAAGUGAACAUGGUGAUGGUGAUGCAUUUGAUGGUGUUGGUGGUACCUUAGCUCACGCAUUUUUUCCUGUUUUUGGCGGUGAUGCACAUUUCGACGACGCUGAGUUAUGGACGAUUGGAUCACCUCGUGGAACAAACCUUUUCCAAGUUGCAGCCCACGAAUUUGGUCAUUCUUUGGGGUUGUCUCACUCAGAUGUACGUUCUGCACUGAUGGCACCCUUUUAUCGUGGGUUCGAUCCCGUAUUCAAACUUGACUCUGACGACGUUCUAGCUAUUCAAGCUCUGUAUGGUAAGAAAACUGUGGGAGUAUCUGAUCGUGGCGGUUUCCCAAGAACUACCCAAAGACCAGUGUUUUCACCACCAAAAGCGCCACGAGACGAUAUUAUUUGCAAAGAUCCCAAAGUUGAUACCUUAUUUAAUUCGGCCGAUGGACAAACAUAUGCCUUCAAAGGAAACAAAUAUUACAGGCUUACUGAAAACUCUAUUGCUGAUGGUUAUCCCAAACUUAUAUCUGAAGGCUGGCCGGGAUUACCGGGCGAUAUUGAUGCAGCAUUCUCUUACAAAAAUGGCAAGACAUAUUUCUUCAAGGGUACUAAAUAUUGGCGCUACAAUGGACGUCAAAUGGAUGGUGAUUAUCCAAAAGAAAUUAGUGAAGGAUUUACAGGAAUACCAGAUCAUUUAGAUGCAGCUAUGGUUUGGGGCGGUAAUGGAAAGAUUUAUUUCUACAAAGGUAGCAAAUUUUGGCGCUUCGACCCGCUAAAGCGACCACCAGUAAAAUCAAGUUAUCCGAAACCCAUCUCAAAUUGGGAAGGCUUGCCUAAUAACAUUGAUGCUGCUUUGCAAUACACCAAUGGAUACACGUACUUUUUCAAGGGUGACAAAUACUAUCGAUUCAACGACAGAACUUUCUCGGUCGAUGCAGCAAACCCGCCAUUCCCACGCCCAUCUGCUCACUGGUGGUUCGGCUGCAAGAAUGUGCCGUCAUCAACAGGUAAUAUUAUUGACAGUUCCGACGAACCACUUUUGCACUCGGUAUACAACAAUGAGGAAAAUGAUGAAUCACUACAAUUCGAAGCAGAUGAGAAACCUGGCAGAGGUAAUAUCCCUGGUUGGAUGUGGAGCAUAGCGAAUUCCUUCUUUUAAUUUUACCAUAUAUGAAAUGACGACCAUCAAGCUCAUGACGAAUCUCCACAAGCCGAUGUUUCGAGACAAAGCAAUUCUGCGAACAAAUUUCACACAUCACACAGUUGGAGUAUGCACUUGGCGACGGCUUUGGUGGUGCUCAUCAAUAAGUUUAAGAGCAGAUAAAACGUAUGGACGUGUAUUUACGUCAAUAAUAUAACGCCAAAUAUAUGAGCAAAGAAACUGUACACAACUCUUCACCCAAUUCAAUAAGUGGCCGCGCCUCCCCCUCCUUAAGCGUUUGGAACUCAUGUACACGAAAAUUAGCUUUAAAGGAAUAUAUAAUUAACUAUAAUAACGUACAUAUGUACUUAGGUAAUAAUUUACUGUUAGUUCUUAGCUUAAGCGAUGCAAAAAAUUAUGACAUUUUAGCUAACUUAGUGUAGACUACGUACUUUAGUUUUCCAAAUAAUAGCAUCUGUGGUAAUGGGGCAGAAGAGUGGCUACAAAGUUAUGUAUAAAGUGCCCUUCAGCCAUUGAAAACCACAUUCUUGAAAAUUCAGAGUUUUUUAAUUCGAGCUCUAAAGAAAUCAAAAGUUUACUUCUAAUGUCUAAAGAGUAUAAAAUCGACAAAGGAAUAUUUUCGAAACGAAAUUUAACCAUUUGUUAAUAUGCGUCACAUAUUUUUGCUCCAGAUAUAUUAAACCACUUAAAGUGCUCUCUUAAAAAUGUCUCUUAAUCGAGUUAAGUUGCCAUACCUGGUAGGCAUCGAAAUGUUUACAUGUACAUAAAUAAUUAAAUAUUGUAUUUCAGCAUUGGAAUUAAAAGUAUUUAAUAUUGAUAAUAUUCGAUAAUAAUAUUGCCUUAUAACCAUGUAAAGUAAAUUGUAAAUUAUUUUUUAUUCAUAAGAGAUAUAUGUAAGAUCGCAUUUGUAAUAACAUUUUUAUUAUUAUAUCUUAGCUAUUGUACAUUUUAUUGUAUGUAGAGACAUUUUCAAACCACGGAAUUAAUAUUUAACUCCGGAUAUCGAAGUCAUGAUAGGUUUGUUCAAAUGAUUGUAUAUACUUAAGUGAAUGAGCUCAAAUGGAAUUGUCGCAAAAUACAAACAUACACUAAAA